AUGUUAAAAAACAGAAGCGAAACAAAAUUUCCAUUUGGUAGUGUUUCACCUUUAUGGUGUCGUCAAAUCCCAUAUACUAUGGCUAAAUUUUAUUUUUUUGAAAAAAUUGUUCAAUCAAUGUAUGAUAAUGUAUUUACCCAACCAAAGGACACCUAUUCUAAGUCAACCCAAUUAGGUAUAACUUUCGCGUCAGGAUAUUUAUCUGGUAUUAUAUGUGCACUAGUUUCACAUCCUGCCGAUAAUAUGAUAUCCCAAUUAGGAAAGAUAGAAAACAAGGGGAAAAGUUUGUCUAUUAUAACAAAAGAGAUGGGAAUGUAUAAUUUAUUUACGAAAGGUAUAUGUACAAGGGUUUUAAUGAUAGGAACAUUAACAGGUUUACAGUGGUGGAUAUAUGAUACAUUUAAAUCAGUUAUGGGAUUAGGCACAUCCGGAUCAGGAUCUGGUGCUAAAAAAUGA